AUGAAUACUAUAUUACAAUGGGUUGACGCAUCAUCAAUAGAUUUCUGGGCAGGAUUGAUGUGUGAUUACGAUAAUAUAAACAAAAUCAGUAAAGAAUUGAUUCAACAUGUUCGACAUGGCAUUCCACCUUCCAUACGUGGAAUGGUGUGGCAACUCAUAUCAAGGGCAAAAAAUGAAGAACUUGUUGAAAUGUACAUCAAUUUACUAAAGUUACAAAGCCCAUAUGACAAGAUGAUCCAGCGCGAUCUCGCAAGGACAUUUCCUGGUCACACUUACUUUAAAGAAAGUGAUGGACAAGGUCAGGAAGGCCUUUAUAACGUUGUGAGAGCCUACAGCUUGUAUGAUCGAGAUGUGGGUUACUGCCAAGGCUUGGCCUUUAUCGUAGGGCCCAUGUUAUUGAAUAUGCCAGAUGAAGACGCCUUUUGCCUGUUGGUUAAGUUAAUGAAUAAGUAUGGCCUCAGAGGACAUUUUACACCAGAAAUGGAUGGAUUACAGCUGCGACUCUAUCAAUUUGACGCACUUGUUCAAGAAUACUUGCCACACGUUGCUAGACAUCUGAAACAACAAGGCAUUAAUUCUACCAUGUAUGCCUCUCAGUGGUUCAUGACAUUAUUCGCUUAUAAAUUUCCGCUCAAUUUAGUCUUUCGUAUUUACGAUGUCAUAUUUACCGAAGGCAUCAGUUCCAUAUUUAAAUUUGCCAUAGCCCUACUAAAGCGAAACCAAACACAUAUACUGGGGCUUGAAUUUGAACAUUUGCUAGAUUUCUUAAAGAAUGGCCUAUUUCAAGAAUACAAGGAUGAUGAUCGACGUUUUGUUAGCGAUGCCUGUGAAUUGGACAUUCCAUUGAAAAAACUAAUCUUGUUUGAAAAAGAACACAAAGUUCAGAUUCAGAAAGAGACAGCAGAGGCCAACAUGAUUGAUGAAUUACAAAAGACAAACAUGGAAUUGAAAAGACAGCUAGAUGCACUCAAAACAAAUAUGGAUACGUUGAAACAAGAGCAUCAGGACGUUCAUGGGCAGUUUAGACAAUCAUUAGAUGAAUUGAAUGCACUAAAAGAGGAAGGAAUGACGUUAAAGACAGUGGUUCAAUCAUUGGAGCAAGCGAUAUCAACAUUACCAGAGAAAAUUGAAACUAAAAGUAAAGAUGAGUUUGAAACCCUUUGCACAGAAAAUGCGACUUUAAUAAGCAAGAAUUCAACAUUGGAAGAUGAAUUACAAAAGGCAGAAAUAACUCUUAUAGAUUUUAAAAUGAAAUACGCCCAAAGUGAAAAUGAAAGAGAGUCACUACAUAAAAGGCUUUAUGAAGUAAAAAAGAUGAUGAACUUUUAA